ACGAGUACCAGCUUAAUACUGACAUUUGAUUAGCAUUUCUUCCAUGAUACCUGUAACUAGUAAGAAAUACCCUGACAACAUGAGCAAUGUAUUUGCCUAGACCUAUACUUGAUCCGAUUUUUAAGCUUCUGGAACCCCCAUACAGAACUGGCGAACCGAGUCGACCAGCAGCACAAGGAAAUCAAAAGUCCUAAGAUGUUAUUGUAAAUAAUCACCAUAUCAACGCGUUAUUACACGCUAAUUUUCCUUUUGAGCGAGUACGUGUGUUUUUAAAAGUGACCACGAUGUCUCAAGUGACUCUCUUGGACGAAGUUUCUCAGUGGAACCAGGAGACCUGUCAACAAGAACUCAAAACUGUCCUGCCUAAACUAGUUGCCAUGCAUCAUGAUACUGACAGCUGGGAAGAGCAUACAAAUAUUCUGCAAAUAAUCACAAGCAGGUUUCUCCCUCAUCUCUCUCUAUCUGAUUUAGAGACGGGAUGUUUCUCCACUGCUUUACCCAAGGUUGUAAAAGUGUUCGCAAGUCUUUUGGAAGAAAUCAGCAAGCAAAUUGGAGGCCUUUCUAGUCAGAACACAGAGUUGCAAUUAUUUCUGAGAAAAAUCCUGAAGACGAUGGUCCAGACACUGGAGUGUCUCUCUGGCUGUGUGAGACAUGUCUGUUCCAUUGAAGAGUCUGUUUCCUUCAGCAACAUUCGUUCUUUGCCCUCUUGCAUCCUUGGAGUCCUAAAGGACACCUUUCAGCACUGCAAGGACAGUGAGGUCAUGUACAGUGGAAGACUGUCAUUGGUUGGUGAUCUCCUCCAAGGCCUCUUUAAAGAGGCUUAUUCUUUGCAGAAGGGCCUGAUGGAACUUUUGGACAAGAUUAACUUUGAAGACACUGCAUCUGAGGAGGAAAUUUCAGAUAUUGUCACAGUGAUCCACAGUCUGCUGGACAUAUGCUUGAUCAUAUCCAGGCUGGACAUUGCUCUACAUGCCAACACAUGGAAAUUUAUUAUUAAACAGAGUAUCAAGUACCAGUCUCUAGUAGAGGAUCGGCUUCACCACACUGACAUUUCCUUUGCGUUAUGUGAAGACCUGUGUAGGUCUGUCGAGAACUGUCUUGAGCUGGCUCAACAGAUCCAACAGGCAGGCCUACAGGAAGCUGUACACUCUCCAGAAUACAAGCUUUUCCAAAAAGCAACAAAGAUGUGCAGGUUUUUUGCCAACACAUUAGUCCACUACACAAAGGAAUUUAAAGUGUUUCUUUCCAAGUCAUGCAGUCGAUUUCACCAGUUGUAUCUCCAAAUCAAUAGCAAGUUUCUUCCAUCUCUCUGUGCCCCAUCCGUGCCUCCUACACUUAGUGAGGAGCUGAGAGUGGCAGUUCUGGUUCCUAUGGAUGCCAUGCUGACACAAAUGAUGUCCUUUCAACCCUUCGCUGAGUCUGUCCUGAACCCAGACCAUCAGAGCAGUGCCAAACUUUUUCUACCACAGUGUCUGCUGCUGGUGAAUGUUAUGGGUAAGCUGUCAUCCCAGCCAGAAGAAGCGCUGCGGCUGUGGAGCGAUGGCAGCCAGUUUCCAGAAGAAACUCCAAGAUGGUCCGUGUUUGAGGCGGUGUUCCAGAGUUUCCGGCUGUGUGUGUUGGAGCGUUUAGUACCAGUGUGUUUACCAGGGGUAAUGCUGCGAGGCCAGGCUCAGGGUACAGUCAGUCUGCACCAGCAUGUGUGUGUGCAUAUGUGUGCUUGUGUGGCUGUUCUGCCCGCUCAACACUUCCCUCCACUGGAGCGCUCAUUAUUAGCCGCUGUAUUGCAGGCAGACACACAGACGGCUCUCUUGGCCACAGAUGUCUGGUGCUUCCUAGCUCGGUAUGGCACGGCUGAGUUGUGUUAUCAUCAUGUUGUCCUUAUUGCUCAUUUGUUAAGGGCAUGUCCUGCUGGGGGUUAUCAACUGUUUCACUUGGCCCUGGUGCUCAGACGCCUACUUUUUCUGAUGACUCCAAAACACCAGGUGGAGUUUGUGGAGCGCUUUCCACUUUCUCAGGAGGAGAACCUUUGUGUGUGGCGUCACACUCUGCUAAAGUGUCUGUGUGUAGAGGCCCGUGUGCGGGUGGAGGAGCAGGUGCUCGACAGGGCUACUGUGGUGCUGGAGGAAUGGCAGAACAGCGGCUGCAGGCUGGGAGAAAUACCGAGACUGAACCGGAUACUGGACUGUGUGCUGCUGGUUGUAGGAGGCAGUGGCACACAGAAUGAAUGUGUGGAGUCUUUAGUGAAGAUCAUCUCUCAGCUGUGGAGUCACAUGAGGAGCAGCCAGGUUCAGGUACAUGUGACACUUCAGUGCACUGUGAAAUUACUCCUGUCACUAUCAGCUGUUCUGAUCAAAAGUUUAGAGCCACACAUCAUCCUUCAGGCUGUUUCCUGUUUGAGUGGCUUGAGUAUCCAUCAAUGUCCUGAUGACCUGCUUUUAGCUGCUUUGGAAUUUCUUGCUUCCUUGGGACAAAUAUUUAUUCCUCCCAAUAUUCAGGGCCAAGUUUUGCCCCAAAUCAGUUCUCUAUUUAAUGGUUUUCUGACUCGCCCAUCCUGGCUGAUACUCCAUCAUGUCUUGGAGGCCUUUGGCUGCUUUGCAGAGAUAACAAACCACGAGGAAGUGAUUUCUCAAACACUGAAAACAGAGGAGGUCAAAUCCAAAGUGUUAAAUUUCCUCAGUAAGACUGUCUCACGGCAAGAGUCUGAAGAAACAAGACUAGAACGUCUGAAAGAGUGGAAGUGUGUUAUAGAGAAACACUGUCAGCAAAUGGAGAGUGAAAAAAGCCAACCUGCACAAACGCCACUUACUGAAGAGCCAUGUGCGAAGAGGGCAAGACAGGAGACCAAAGCAGAAGAGGAGUACGAGCGAUAUCUCCAGACAGCAGAGGGUGCCUUAAAAGCGCUGCAGGCAAUAGAGAGGUCAGAGCAUAGCCCGUCUCCACCACAGUGGGUCAGGGCCAGACUUCAGCUCUUACAAACACUCAUAACACAAAUCAACACCACUACUGAAGAGCAAUCCUGAUUCAACCUCAAAAACACCUCUACCUCUUGGCUGCAUUAUUUCAUCUCACUACAUUUGUUUACGCGUGAUGUUUGUAUAAAAGUUUAUAUGGGAUAAACGGUCAUUCCAAAGACUAUGAAGUUGUUUAAUAAACUUGAUUAAAAUUGUGUUUUGUUCAUUUUA